GGCAGCUCCCGCCCCGUGCCCCCGGUGCUGUGGGAGGGCGCGGGGUGAUGGCGGCGGCCGCGGCCAUGGCCGCUCUGGGCCGGGGCCUCACGGCCGCGCUCCGACUGCCCCGGGCUCGGCCGGAACUCCCCGGAAUGGUGCUGAAUCUGUACCACAAGAACCUACGAAAAAUUGAGCCCCUCCAUCAGGUGAAGUUCCUGCACACAACUGUGUCUCAGAGGGGUCUGGAGGAGUUUUUUGAUGAUCCAGGAAACUGGGGGGAAAAAAGUGUGAAGUCUGGGGAUUCAUGGAAUAUAAAGCAGCUAAGGGGCAAGAGUAGUGAAGACCUGCACAAACUUUGGUAUGUCCUGCUGAAAGAAAAGAACAUGCUCUUAACUUUAGAGCAAGAAUCCAAACGACAGCGCAAGCCUAUGCCCAGUCCAGAACGAUUAGAAAAGGUAGAAACGUCUAUGAAAAAUAUAGACUUGGUUGUCAGAGAAAGAGAAAUUGCUCUGAGGCUUUUACAAACGGGCCAUGAAAAGCCAGUCCCUGGCGAGUGGAGACACGACUUCUUGGGACGCACCUUCUGGUACAGUUACAAGGAAUGGCCAAUACCGUGGCACUUGAACAAAAAACACAAAAAGAAGAGAUUCUAUUACUUACCUCAUGUGAAUCACUUCAUCAGACUCAGACUUGAAAAAGCUUUACGGAAAAGGGCAAGGCAGCAAAACCUGGAGAGGACGAGGCAGAAGGUCUUGGAAAGGAAGUUCCCUGACCUUGCUGUGAAAUCCCAGAGCCAGUAACAUGCUGGAAGAGCACUGCAAGCAAUCGGUCGAGUGUCUGUGGAACAUGAAUCGUGUUCUGGAACCACAAAUGACUCCACUGAGCAUUCCAGACAGCCUCCAUCUUUUUUUUUUUGUUUUAAUACCACAUUUGACUUUAAUUAAACUUGUGAUCUGGAACUAAAAA